AUGGACGUAGCGAAGACCGUGGUAGCCAUCAAGCAGACAGCACUGUUCCGGAAAUAUUGGCAUGCAGAUGAGAUCAAGAUCUCCGAUGUGAAGAACGCCUUUGCAGAAUGGGAAUGCUACCCAACAGGAGUGACAAAGAAUGGCAAAAUGGUGUGGUAUAUGAACUGCCAUCAAACCACUGCUCCCAAAAUUGAGGAUUUUAUGCUCGUAUCCAUCUACAUGAUCGACGAUAUCCAAAAGCGACUCUACGAGGCGUGCAAGGAGAGGGGGAUCCAAGAAGCUUAUAAGGACUACUGCAUUUGGAUCAGCGACACUGCGGGGGUGUCUCUAUCCGCUUUAUCAGGCGAGAUCCAAAAGGGUUGCAUGGAAGUGUUUAUUCGUCACUUCCCAGCGUUUAUGAGUGCGAGCGAUAUUGAAAUCAAUGACGAUCCAAACUAUGUGCCUGCGCGUGGUUGGGACGAUACAAUAGUCUAUAAUCUGAAUACCCCGUUCCUUCUUCGGUCGAUCUGGAAGCUCUGCUCCUUCUUCUUGCCUUCCAGAUGGGCAUACAUGGUGCAGUUACUAGGCUCCUCGCAGCUCCCCGCAUCGAUCGACAAGGCUUUGAUUCCGCAGGAAUAUGGAGGAACCUACGAAGGCUCAUUUGAGACAUGGAUGGAGGAAUGUGCUCGGAUGAACGAGUGCUCGCUCGACGAUCCUCCCCGAACGCUCGUGGAUCAGCGAGUUUUGGACCAGUUUGGUCAAAACAAUGGAAUGAUAGCCUCUUCCAUUCCUGAGACCGAACUUCGUGGAUGGAUGUGGAAGCGGACGAACGUGGGCCACCGCUGGCACCACUACUAUUUUGUGCUUCUAAAAGAGGGCCUGCUAUACUACUUUGUGCGAACGGAUGACAUGAACGCUCAAAAUGGGUAA